AUGAGAAAAUCCCAAAACCUAAAGCCGGAAUUAAACAGUGAUGAAGUAGGGAAUCGAGCUACCAAAAUGGGGGAAGGUCUCACAAAGGAAAGAAUCGCAUCGUGGUGUCAAGAGAUGAAUGAAAAAGGAUGCGUCCCCUACCUCGGCGGCGAUGAUGGUGAAGAUGGUCUAACGGAGAUAAACUCUGAGUUCAAUAUUGCAGAAGCAAUAGCUUUAUACAGUUGGAGGAAGGUUGAAAAGUUAGUUACAACAGAACUCUCCCUAGCCAUUAGAUCUCGUUUUCUAUUAUAA